AUGUCAGCCAAUCCCUUUCAAAACCUAGGGAAGAAUAUCAUAUACGUCUCCAUCGGAGCUGUUGCCUCUGUUCUCGUGGUGAAGGGCGUAGUUAAGGCAAGGAGAGAGGCCAAGUACUCAUCCACAGGAAUGGCAUCGUCGGAUAGCAGUAAGCAGUCGGCUGCAUACUAUGAUAAUUUAGCUCACGUUAAACCCGGCUUCCCACUUCCCAAUAGCGAGCAAGGAGAGGAUGAAAGACAAAGAAAGAGUGAAUUUGAAGGUCCAGGAAUGAGUGUUUUAAGUAGGAGAUCUGGAGACAGGCUAGGACUCUUCAACUGGGGGAAAGAUAAAUGA